UUUUCAUGGGAACUCUCACCAAUGGAUCCUCUGCAGUGAAUGGGUGCCGUCAAAAUGAGAAUCCAAACAGCUCAUAAAAACCACUCCAGACCAUCCGUUAAUGUCUUGGGAAGUAAAAAGCUGUGUGUUUGUUUUUAUCAGAUGUUUGGAUGGCACCCAUUCACUGCAGAGGAUCCAUUGUAAUCCAGACAUAAUUCUGAAUUUCUUUAAAUCUGUUCUGAUGAAGAAACAAACUCAUCUACAUCUUGGAUGGCCUGAGGAGGGGGUAAAGUUUCAGCAGAUUUUCAUUUUUGGGUGAACUAUUUCUUUAACAGGUUGGCCUAUUACUAAUAGGAGCAUAAAUUGUCUAAAUGUGUCUAAAUGUUCCAACAUUGUCCACAUAUAUUUGACCAUGUAGUGUAUGAUCGUCUGAAUACACAAACCAUUAAAGGGUGUAAAAACAUAAUUAACUUACCUAAAGCAGUGAGACUGAGUGGCUAUGAAACUCCCUGCCUGCAGAAAAUAUUUACAAUAUGGCAUUUUCCAAAUAUAGCUUAAUUCAGGGUUCAAAAACAAUCAGAGAUAAGAUGGGUGCUGUUUUUUUCUGUGUGUGUGUGUGUUACUGUGGAAGCUGAUAUAGACAACUAAAUGCCACUCAACUUCUGCUUGGUAUAUAUAUAUAUAUAUUAUCUUAAUAUAGUGUGUGCGUAUGUGUGUGUAUUAUUUAUAUAUAUAUGACUUUAGAUAAAAAGUUUGGGCUAACUUUAAUAUGUCUUGAGCAUUUGUCUUAAGUAAUUACAAUGGAAAAACUGUGAGUAAACUUUUAACAAAUUUGUGCAUCGAAUAUUAAUGUUAAUUUAAAGGGACGAUCUUGUUCCUCUCAUCUAUUUCUUUAGCUAACGGAUAUUGUUUAUUUUUGCUAUUUAAUGCUUAAUUACAAUUAAAUGUGGACUCCUUUUUUAUACAUUCCCAUAAGUAUUUUUUCAGCUGGAGACUUUGACUUAUAACUGAGUAAAAUUUAGAGGAAAAAAACAUUGUACUCUACCUUGAGUAUAAUUUCCCUGUACUUUUUACACUCCUGUUGGAGACCUUUUAUUUGCACUCUUCAUUAAGUAAUUGCUAAUGGGUCAAAAUGAUUCACUGCCAAAAUCAUUCAUGCAGAAAGUGCAUAGAUGUGAAAUCUCAGUCUCUUUCUCUCCCUGUACACACACACAUACACUGACAGUUACAUUCACACAGACUCAGGGUUUGGCAACAUGGGAAGCUGAAUCAUUUUUCACACAAAAGCUGCUAGAGUUUACAGACACACACAAACACAUUCAAACAUUUCUGUAAACAGCCUGGUCUUGUAUUUCACACACAGAGAGACCCUGAGGAGAGGGAGAGGGUGCUUAUGAGAUGAUGUGGCACUUUCAAGAAUUCAAUACAAAAAUAGCAGGUCUCAAUAUUUUCCCUCAAACAGAUGAUCAGACGAUGGAGAAUGUGAAGUCAGUGAUGCAAUGUGUUUUCUGUCAUUGUUGUUUUUAAUAUUUUUUUUCUUUAUUAUUAGGACUGUAGUAUUAGAAUAAAAAAGAACAUUACAGCUUUUUUUCUGAAAAUACUGUCUUGCCAACAUGGCAAUGUUGAUUUGACAUGUAAUGAGAACAUUUAAUGUUUUCUUUCACAAAUAUACCAACCAAAGAGUGUUUGUUUUAUGUCUUUUAUUUCUGCAUAAAUCUUCAAAAAAGUAAUUGUACACUCAAAAGUCAUGCUUAAAACUGCCUGAAUGUCAUUGCAUUAGACUACAAAAUAUCAAGCAAAUGCUGCUAGUGCUUUUUCUCAAUACAAACUGCAUUUCAUUUAAUUUUUUUGCAUUAUGUAUUUUAAUUGUUUAUGUUUUAUUAUAUUUAUUCAUGUUUUUAUUGUAUGGAUUUGAUUUUGUUUACAUUUAAUUUAAUGUAUUCUAAAAUAAUAUUGUAUUGAAUCAUUUUAUUUUAUUAUUUUUGCUUAGUGUCUUUGAAUCAGCUGCUGUUUUGGUCAUUUGAAUGUCUGAAGCCAGUUCUCCUCACAUUUAUACAGGUCUAGUUAAUCAGAUUGACUAUCAACAUGAUACUGUAUUUAGCAUUUGUCAACAGCUUGCUUUGAUACUACAUUUUGCUCUGUAAUGCAAUGACAAGACAUGCAUAUUAAAGUGUUGAAAUACUUUUUGCUGCCACUAUUUAACAUUAACAGAAUAUUGAUGAACAAACCCAGCAAGGACAUACAUGUAUUAUGUUAUGUUGUUUUAAUGGUACAGAAAGAUGUGAAGGUUACAAUGAUGUGCUUAUUUGACUAUUAUUUAAAUGCUGAGGUGUGGAGUUAUCAAUUUGAAGGAAAUGUUUAUAUGUGCACGCUGCGUGAAUAAAUUAUUUCAGUUCAGUGAAGUCAACACCUUUUUUGGCUCUUUUUGCAUACAGUCACAGCAGGAAAUGGAAACAUCUCUGGAAUAAUAUGUGCAGCUUGAUCUUUGCUGUUUAUGAAUAAGAGUAUGAAGAACGUUUGCAUGAACAAAACCAAAAGUUUUCUUUUUUUUUCUUUUUCUUUUUUUAAUAAUACCUUCAAAUGAUAAGAACUUGUUUAUAUUAACAAAACUGUACCAAAACUUCCAAUGUUGCAAAAUUUAUAACUUUAUUUUAAGCAGAAUUUCUAGAUGGCAAACUUAAUGUUUAUAUAUGUAAAUAUCAGCAUGGUACUGUCACAGUAACUUGGUGAAGUAAAGGCUUUUGGCUCACAGUCUUCUCUUCUGCUCAGGUAUGUAUUCUCUAUUCCCUCUUUGGUUCUCUCUCUUUCAGGUCAGGACUGUAGAGUUUACACUGCUGAUAUGCCUGGCAGCUGUAUUUGACUACUCACUGUGCAUUUCCUCCUGCCUGCUGCUCCAGUAUUCAAAUGCUGCCAUUCUUUACAACACAGAGGUAGAGAGAAACUAAAAAGAAAGAAAGUGGUGGAGUGACUCUUGGUGUUUUUGUUUUGCUAUGUAAAACAUGUCAGGAAAAGCGUGGUAGAUGUACAAAGAGAGAGAGAGACAGCACUGAGAAAAGACACUAACACAUCUCAAUCUCUUCAAAAGGCAACAAAGGCGCAAGCAACAGCCUCAACGGCCAGGACACCUGCCUCAUCUGACGGGGUAAGAGAAGAGACGUCUUGAGAUGAAAAUUUGUCGAAGGUAGAGAAACUCUCUCAACGAAUGGCCGGACCAUCACAGACUUGCCACAUCUCCAUGGAUCUGGAAGAUGCCCGUUGACUUCCCUCUCACUCACCUCCUUCCUUUGUCAUGGAGUCUGACCCGAACUCCCUCCGUGACCCCUACAAACCUGUGGAUGACAACAUUGAGCCCCCCGAUCUGGAGUGCGCCAUCUGUUUCUCCCAGUUCAACAAUGUCUUCAACACCCCUAAGGUACUCCACUGCAAGCACACCUUCUGCCUGGAGUGUCUUGCGCGGAUGAACGUGAAGUCCACCCAACCCGACACCGUUCAGUGCCCUCUGUGCCGCGCAUACACCCCGUUACCCGACUUGGGUCUUCCCAAGCUAGCAAAUGACUCCACGGUGCUGUCUUACCUUCCGGCUGCCAUGCAGCACGUCUAUAGCAUCCGCUUCAACCGCAACAAAGGCAAACUGCAGGUGAAGAGAGUGCCCAGCUCUGCCCCGGCCCUAACGCAGACCGUCAGCCAGACUCUGGACGUCGGGAACCCAGCAGGCUUGGAGGGUCAGCAGACCAGAGACGGUGGUAGAGAGAGGUCCCUACUGAUGACCAUACUAAGAACACCACUGUGCAAAGCUUUUAUUAUGAGCAUGGUGGCAAUAUUGAUCGUCAUUCUAACCAUUGUUAUCAUCAUCUACAGGAAGUAAGCCCGAAUACUUUGGUUUUUACAUGUACACUAGAGCAUGUGACAGUGGCGUAACACGAACAUCUCGCACAGCUCGAUUUUUCCAAUGCAGUGUACAAUGUAUGCACAGCUUGCACAUGCCCUUUGAAUUUUUUUCUUUUGCACUAAAUAGGUUGUCCACAAGGUGGCGACACUGUUUCGGACCGUUGUUUCAUAGUCAGAAAAGAAAUGGAACGAGAACAGUAACAAACUACGACGACAAAAACAAUAUAGGCUUCUGCAUUGACAAGCGAUUGUCUGAGGGGAUUAAAAUACACCAGCGACUAACAAAUACAAAGACAUUUUUAUCGCUCAGAACGUUUGGAGAGGAAAAAUGCAGGCACUGGGAUCAAUAUCGCGCAUGCGUUGAACGCAUGUGUGCUUGCACUCUUAAUGGCUUUGAAAGGCUGAGUGUUCGAUUGUGCAGAGUAUACUUCAGGCUUUAUUAUUACUGGCACUGACUGCAUCCGUGUCAAAAGGUCAAAUGACAGCAUAAAAACAAACAUGACACAUUUUUGAAUUUUUCCAUCCUAGACAAAUCAGAAUUUCCCUUGUCAUGAAGUCUACUGCUAUGUUUAACAACUGAGGAGGAUAGUGGUUACAAAAAAAGUACUGUAAUGGUACCAUGGUGUUUAUGUGGUACUAAACCUUUGUUUUGUGUUCCUUACAGACAAUAAUCUGGUGGUAUGGGAUGAUUCUAUGGUACUUUAAACAUACUAUGGUACUCUUUGGUAUGUUCUGGCUCUAAAUUCUUCCAGGGGGCAAUCAUAACUGUAUAGUAACUUCACAAAGUGUAAGAGGACUAUAGUACACUGAUAAUAGUCAGUAGUACUAAAUCUCCAAAAUAUUAAUUAAAUAGAUUAUAUACAGCUGUAGAUUAUAAAAAUGAUAUACAGUAGGUUGUGCAAUACAAUGUCUUUAGCACAGUAAAGAGGUGUUGUUUUGUUUUAUAAACCAUUAUCCAACAUGAUAUUCGAAGGCUCCCUAUAAGGUAUUUCAGCUGUAACUAUGACAAAGCUCCCCCUACAGAAACUAGUGUUAAAAAUUAACCACAAUACUUUUUGUGAUUCCAGAAUAUUUGUUAAAAAAUCAUUUCAGUUUACCUCUUUAUUGUAUGUUUUUAGCAAUUCAGCUAAGUUCAAUUAUUGUUGAGAACCACUGCAAAUCAGGUUAGAUGCCAUAUUUAAUUUUAACAGAUGAACUCACAACUUUCAAAAGUUUUUGUAUACUAA